AUGAUUCAAAGGCAUAUAGGAGUGCGCGUCUGUACGGAAAAGGAUGAGAUUCCUACACCUAUAGGUCUUGUACGAAAGGAUAAGAAGAACAUGCCUAUCCUAACUAUAGGCGAGCUGUUCUCUAUAUAUAUUAGCAAUUCUGCCUUAUUAUUACACUACCCCCUCCUGUAG